GGAAGAUGUGAGAGAGGCUGAAGGGACUUUAGAUAUAGCAGUCACAUCCUAGCACAUCUUACCUAUAAAGUAUACCUUCCUGCACUCAAAAUGGAUAAUACAUUGAACAUAGACUUGCCUUUUGCUGAGACACUAUUCAACAGCACCAUUGGAGGAGUGGGCUAUGAUGGACCCCUGUAUGCCAUGCGAUGUCCCUUUGGUGCCAUGGGAAAUUCUACCAGGCUGGAUGGAAACCAGUCCUACCUGUGCAACCGUCCAGAUACUUAUGGCGAGGACACCAACUCUAUCGUCAUAGCAAUUAUCAUCACAGCUCUGUACUCCAUGAUCUGCGUGGUAGGGCUCUUUGGAAAUGUCCUGGUCAUGUAUGUUAUUGUCAGAUAUACGAAAAUGAAGACAGCCACAAACAUCUACAUUUUUAAUCUUGCCCUAGCAGAUGCUCUAGCAACAAGUACACUGCCAUUUCAGAGUGUCAAUUAUUUGAUGGGAACAUGGCCCUUUGGUAACAUUGUGUGUAAGAUUGUUAUAUCCAUAGACUAUUACAACAUGUUUACAAGCAUAUUCACCCUAACUACAAUGAGUGUUGACCGAUAUAUAGCAGUCUGCCAUCCAGUGAAAGCCCUUGAUUUCAGAACACCAAGAAAUGCAAAAAUAGUUAAUGUUUGUAACUGGAUUCUUUCUUCUGCUAUUGGCUUACCAGUGAUGUUUAUGGCAACCACAAAAACAGAAAAAGGUUCUACUGAUUGUGCUCUUUUAUUUCCUCAUCCUUCGUGGUACUGGGACAAUCUCCUAAAAAUAUGCGUAUUCAUUUUUGCAUUCAUAAUGCCAGUCUUAAUUAUAACUGUAUGCUAUGGAAUGAUGAUACUACGUCUCAAGAGUGUACGCAUGCUCUCUGGAUCCAAAGAGAAGGACCGAAACCUGAGAAGAAUCACCCGUAUGGUCCUCGUUGUGGUUGCUGUGUUUAUAGUCUGCUGGACCCCGAUUCACAUUUAUGUUAUUAUCAAAGCUUUGAUCAAUAUUCCUCCAUCUCUCUUUCAGACAGUCACUUGGCAUGUUUGCAUUGCUUUAGGUUAUACAAAUAGCUGCCUUAAUCCGGUCCUUUAUGCUUUUCUUGAUGAAAAUUUUAAAAGAUGCUUCAGAGAAUUUUGCAUCCCUACAUCGUCGACCAUCGAGCAGCAGAACUCUACACGAAUGCGUCACAAUACCCGUGAUCAUGUAUCCACUGCCAAUACUGUUGAUAGGACUAAUCAUCAGGUAUGACUAGCAGUGGAAAUGUCAUCUCUGAAUUCAGGAGUUCCUGCAGGAGAUGACAUGACUUCAGAGGUUACUCAAAUAACUACAGGGCUUUAAUUAACUGAUGAUUCAAAAGAGCCUGAUUGUGUUAUUUCUUGGCACACAGAAUCUCCAAGCAUGUUAUGGUCAUAGCCAAAAAGGGUAGUCUAUUGAGUUGGUACAUUCUCUAAAAUUGCAACAUGUCUGUUGCCCCUUAAUCAUUUAAGAAAGUGAACUUUUGUACAAAUGUAAUAUAAUCAACUAAAGUAUGAGCCAUAGGGCAUGUAAAUGUAGACAUUACUAUAUUACUGUAGUUAGUGGAUUUCCAGUAAUAUAUUACUGGUAUAAGUUCUAAAAGAAAUUGAAUGAAAAAAUAUAGAUCUUUAAAUUUGCAUAAAGGUUUGAAUUACAUUUUAAAAGGGAUCAUACAUAGUAAAAUUUAGCUAUAUGCGCUACACACAUUUCUUUUCAUAGUCGUUCUGGAAAGAAGCGUACCAUAAAAUGAAAAUAUAGUUUAUCAGUAGUCACCCAUUUGUGUGUGUAUUUUACACAUUGUACUCUUUACUUUUGUUUCUGUUUUAUUAAUAUUAUUAUUAUUGCCACUUAUCUAGCGCCAACAGAUUCCGUAGCGCAUUAGAAUAUUAUGAGAGGGG